AUGGCCCUUCAAACUGCUCACAUCGACAAUUUCAUGGAUUCCGAUACUUGGACCAAGCGCAAGCGAUCCAAACGCGCCCCACUUCGCCCAUCCGAUGAUUCUCCUACCGCCGCCGACGAGAAUCUCGCUAUCUGCCUCGUCAUGCUUGCAAACGGCGUCACCGAUAACUCCUCAUCUUCUCCUCCGUCGCCGCCCAAGCCGGCGGUAAGUUUCAAUUGCAGUGUCUGCGGUAAGUCCUUCCAUUCUUAUCAAGCACUUGGUGGUCAUAAAGCCAGCCACCGGAGUAAACCUCCGGCGGGGGAAUCUGCACCGCCGUCCAAAGUGGUUCCCGUUUCCUUUCCUAGUGGGCGCGUUCACGAAUGUUCAAUCUGUCACAAGUGUUUUCCGACGGGACAAGCCUUAGGAGGGCACAAACGGCGUCAUUACGAGGGUGGUAAUAACGUGAAUAAUUUUGGUACGCCGUCUUCUGGUAGCAGCUCGGGGAGGAAUUUUGAUUUGAAUCUGCCGGCGAUGCCGGAAAUGGAGGUGGAGAUGAGCGUUGACCUAAAAGAAAAAAAUCAAUACAAUGGGGAAGAAGAAGUGGAAAGUCUGGUUCCUUAG